AGUAACCUGAGGUCAAUUUUCCGCUCUAUAAAUUAUCUAGCGGGUGAGGUAGAUUAAUAGCUAGUUGUGCUUGCUGAGAGAGCAAGCAAUGCAGAAUGAGAUGAGCAAGAUCCUCAUAUGUGGGGGAACUGGCUACUUAGGCAAGUAUAUGGUGAAAGCAAGUGUUUCAAUGGGUCACAAAACUUACAUAUAUUCUCGUCCCAUCACCACACAAUCUUCUCCUGCUAAAAUAGGCAUCCACAAGGAAUUCCAAGCCAUGGGGGUCACCAUUGCUCAAGGAGAAUUCGAUGAGCAGGAGAAACUUGUAUCGGUUCUUCGUCAAGUGGAUGUAGUUAUCUCCACAUUAGCUAAUCCUCAGGUUCUCGACCAGCUCAAAAUUAUAGAAGCCAUAAAAGUUGCUGGUAAUAUAAAGAGGUUCUUUCCGUCAGACUUUGGAGUUGAAGAGGACAGAGUGACUCCCUUGCCCCCAUUUGAAGCUUUCCUUGAGAACAAGAGGAAGAUUAGAAGGGCCACAGAGGAAGCCGGAAUCCCUUACACUUUUGUGUCAGCAAAUUGCUUUGGUGCAUACUUUGUCAAUUACUUGCUCCGUCCACAUGAGCAACCUCAAGAUAUCACUGUCUAUGGCUCUGGUGAAGCUAAGGUUUUCAAGUGUUGCAGGGAGAAUUCGAUGAGCAGGAGAAACUUGUAUCGGUUCUUCGUCAAGUGGAUGUAGUUAUCUCCACAUUAGCUAAUCCUCAGGUUCUCGACCAGCUCAAAAUUAUAGAAGCCAUAAAAGUUGCUGGUAAU